UUUUAAAUGUGAUUGGAAACAAAUUCAUUGGUGCUCAGCGCAAAACGCGCAAUCAGUAAUAUGUUUGAGUGCACUUGAAACUCGAUUAUCAUAUUAUAUACAGUGAUAUUAAAGAAGAGCUCUGCCGGUACCUUUAAGUACUUCGACUCUUCACAACAAUUCAUUCUCGUCGCACAAAGCGGUUGGAACAAUUGCAGCGGUUAAUGUGCGAUUAAAAUAUUAUUAAACUUCCGCCGAAAGUUUAUCGCCCGACCAGUGCUGAGCGUGUCAAGCAGUAGUUAUAAGUAAAGUCGUUGUGCUGUAAAGAAAAUGACUUUGUUUAUUGUGUUCGCGUUCUUGUUGAUUGCGGCGACACCGUCAUGGGCGGACGGCGAGGAGCUCGGGAUACUCUUCCCGCAGAAUUCGGAGACGCGCGAGAUGACCAGCCUGGAUGGCCUGUGGCGGUUCUACGUCGAGACCACGGACAGUGAAGACAGCGAGGGGCGUUUGAUGCCGGUUCCGGCAAGCUACAACGAUGUGGUCACCGAAGGCGAGCUGCGCGAUCAUGUCGGCGAGGUGCGAUACGAACGGAACUUUUACGUGCCCAAAUCAUGGGCGAACCAAGACGUUUGGAUGCGGUUUGGUUCUGUAAAUUACCGCGCACAUGUUUACGUUAAUGGAGUAUUAGUGGUUGAGCAUCAGAUUGGCCAUUUGCCCUUUAAAGCUAGAAUCACAGACGUUGUUAAAUACGGCGAAGCAAACGAUCUAGCUGUCAUUGUUGAUAAUAGGCUGUAUCCAACGACGAUACCACAAGGAAAUGUUACCACGAUCGAAACUGAUGAUGGUCAGAAAGCAGAACAAGUGUACACUUUCGAUUUCUUCAAUUAUGCCGGUAUUCAUCGCCCUGUUUAUCUGUACAAAACACCGAAGAACGCCAUUGACGAUGUGACCAUUACUACCGAUAUUAUCAAUUCAACAAUGGGAGUCAUCAAUUGCAAUGUGCAUAUUCGCUGUAACACUUGCAGCGGGUUGGUCACCGGUGUAAAAUUGUAUGAUGCAGAUGAUAAUUUCAUAACAUCAGUGGAUGGUGAAGAUAGUGCUAUAAAAGUACCGAAUGCAAAACUCUGGUGGCCUUACUUAAUGAACCCGGAAGGCACCACUCCAGGAUAUCUCUAUACACUGCAAAUAGAAUUGCAUGAUACAUCUGGGUCGUUGAUUGAUGUAUACCGGAUGAAAGUGGGUAUAAGGACCUUGAAGUGGACCAAUUCAACCUUUGAACUGAACGGAAAACCAGUGUACAUGACCGGGUUCGGUAGGCAUGAAGAUUCCGAUCUGCGAGGUCGCGGAUUGGAUUACACUACAGUAAUAAAAGACCAUAAUUUGAUUAAAUGGAUCGGAGGUAAUGCAUACCGCACAUCGCACUACCCUUACGCUGAAGAAAUUAUCCAGGUGGCUGAUGAACUUGGAAUAAUGAUCAUUGAUGAAUGUCCUGCUGUCAAUAUUGAAAAUGUAACUGAUGAACUAAUGAAGAACCACCAGAUAUCUAUUAAGGAGUUGGUACAACGAGAUAAAAACCACCCUAGUGUCGUAGCCUGGUCCAUCGCCAAUGAACCCCGCAGUCAACAAGCCAAUUGCGAACCAUACUGGCGCAAUGUUUCGGAAUUUGCCAAAGCGCAGGAUGCAUCAAGACCCAUCACUGCCAGUCUCAACCGGGAGUCUCACGAAGACAAGCUGGCGCAGUUCUUGGAUAUCGUCAGUUUCAAUCGGUAUAAUUCCUGGUACCGCAACGAGGGUCGCUUGGACAUGAUCGUGAAUAUGCUGCUGAAGGAAGCGCGUGCGUGGAGAGAGAAGUUUAACAAACCGGUGUUGAUGUCGGAGUACGGAGCUGACACCAUGGAGGGUUUGCACAUUUCGCCUGCAUACAUAUGGUCUGAGGAGUAUCAAGUGGAUGUUUUAACGAAGCAUUUCAAGGCAUUCGAUACGUUAAGAAACGAGGGUUGGUUCAUUGGUGAAUUCAUUUGGAACUUUGCUGACUUCAAAACAUCUCAGAAGACGACACGCGUCGGUGGGAACAAGAAAGGCAUCUUCACGCGCCAGCGGCAACCGAAAGCCGCCGCACACUUAUUGCGCAAGAGAUAUUUUCAUAUUGCGCACAAACUCUACAACGCCCCGCUGCCGGCCGAUCUCGAAGAAUAUGUUAUUGAUGACGCGAUGCAAACGCGUUCGUUUGAUGAGCUAUAAAUUUUGUUACCGCAAAUUAAAUAAAUAAAGACGCAACAACUAAUAA